CUUUUGUACGGUUAAUUUUAUUAUUAGGAAAAUUACACAUUCACAGGGUGAGAUGGGCGCGCGACAAACCAAAUCAUGGACUUUUUAAAAAAUGUUAUGUAUUUAUCAAGAACUGACCAUUUCAUGUGGACUGAUAACACUAUUUAAACAUGUACAAGGACGCUGUAAAUCGGUCAUAGUAUGAUGACGUUGUCGAACACGUGUUUCUGUUAUUGUGAAUGUGCGGGAUAAAUUAUAUCUAAUAGUUAUUAACUGAAAUGCGUUACGAUUUGCAAACAGAAGACCGCAUAUGUGAGAACAAACAUACUGCAGGUCAAAGCAGCCACACCAGCUGCAGUCGAGGAGGAGCUCCCCAGACUCCCUUAUAAAAUCUCUUAAUUUUGCGUGUUGUUGAUUAGGAGACACAUAAUACACUUUGAAUAACGCUCGUUAUGAUAAUUUCUUCAUGAUUUGGCCCUUCUUGUAAAUUCGGCAAAUGCUGUACAUGCAGAGAAGCAUAUGCAACACGGAUCUGCUUGUUGGUUGCAUUUAACACACUCCACUCGGCAGUUUUAAAAUCAUGUGGAUGAUCAAUUAUCGGCAGCAGACACUUUUGGAAUAUCACUUACAAAGUUAUUCCAGCAGGUGGCGAAAUAAGGAAGAGAAAUACUCUCAAUAAACCAUCACACACCUCAACUGAGCAAGACUUGAGAGAGACGUCUUUUUUGCGACGAGUUUUUGGUAUGACACUACAUCACCUUCUUUUCAGCGUCAGAAAUAUUCAGCUGGAAACUAAAGAUGAAGCCGAAGUUUAAGCCUGAAGAAAAAGGACCAAUGGACAGAUUUGUCAUGAAAAUCCAGAAUAAGAAGAGCAGUCAGCGUCCUGUUUUACCACCUGUUGAAAAGUGCUGUGAUGAACUGGUGACCUCGACAGUGUUUACCAUGCCACUCACCCAGCAUCAGCUGGGAUCAGCUCCGGCCCCGCGCCAACCUCCUGAUAAACAGGAAAAGAGGCUACAUGCAACCCAUUCUUUCGAGUGGUGCUGGGAUGGCAGGAAACCCACAAAUAUCACAUGCGAUAAAGCGGGAACCGUUGAGAACACACUGCUGAGAAGUGAAAUCUUUAAGGGAAUUGCACAAAAAAACAAAGACAGAGAACUUGUUAUUUUAAAAGAUGGGAAAGUUAUCAGUUCACACUUUCCAUGCUGCUUGAUUAAGAGGGAACGGUUGAUUGUCAGGUACAUUAAAGCUGGAGGAAAGCCAAAGCAAUCGUUUGAAAAUCGUGGCUAUGUUAAUUCCUGGAGAAAGGGACCAUCUGACAAGCCUGUGAUGUUUCAUGUGUUGACAAAGGGAGGAAAAAAUGUAGUGAGAAUCAUGAGAAACCCAGCGCUAAGAACAAACUUUGAGGCGAUCACUGUGUUUGCAUACAAAGGGGAAAAAGUGAAGCAUGCUCUGAGGAGAGAUGGUCGUUUACUAAACACCGUGUUCAAAAAGAACUGUGUGCUCUCUGACCCGAGCACUGGUGUCACCACUGAAAUGUCAAGUCCUGUUGAUGAUCUCGAUGGUAAAACCUUCAAGAUCGUACUGCUCGAUAAGUCUCCCCCACCAGAAAGUCCGCCUGGCAGUCUUAAUGACGCUUACAUGAUGCAAAAUGAUUCUCUGAGAUCUGACUCUGAUUUAAACCAAGAUCCUCCACAGCAGAAUGACAACAGACCGAGAGAGAAGCCAGAGCCAGAGGGCGACACGGCACCAGAGCAAAAUCCAGACACAAUGCAGCGUAAGAUAUCGUCACAGUUUAAAGAUUUGGUGAAAAGAAUGAAAACUUUGCAAGGCUCUAAGCCCUCUCGUAUGCAGGACUUCUACCGUGUUGAGUAUGGAAAGAACGAUCAGACAUGCAGAGAAGUGAAAACGAUGAAGAAACUGAUGGAGCUCAGUAACUCUGUUUGCCAUGUGAGAGUAAACGGGAGAGCAGGAGGAAGUGGCUUCCUGCUGUUUGACAAGUUCGUCCUCACAAACGGCCAUGUGAUUAAAAACGUUUACGAUGAGGAGACGAGGCAGCUUACUGAGACGGUUACUGUCCAUUUCUCUUAUGAGAGUCUGGACCACAUGGAGUCAGGAGCAGAAGUGGAAGAAGUCGCUGGCUUUGCAUAUUAUUCUGGAGCGUCAGGACAUCAGUAUGACUGGGCUUUAUUAAAGCUGCGCGCUGAGCAGAAUUUGCCUGAUGGUCUGUUGAAACACUUUGGAUUUCUUCCACCAAGUGGAGGAAUUUGCAUCAUUGGGCAUCCUGAUGGUGGCGUGAAAAUGAUAGAGCCGUGUUUGAUUGUUUCAUUUGAUAACCGCAGCCAGGUUGCAGAGAGACAUUACUGUGAAAAUCCAGAUGGUGUUGAGGUGCACACCGGUCUUUACCAUGAAAACCCAGGACACCUUCAGUUAGUUACUCCCCGUUUCUUUGAGGACGUGGCAGGAUGGGUUAAACAGAACAAACAGGUUCUAACUUACGAGUCUUCUUUCUAUUUUGGCUCAUCUGGCUCUCCUGUCUUUGAUGAGCACUGCAAUGUCGUUGCAAUGCAUUCAGCAGGAUAUGUCUACCGCAAUGCAAGGGGUCAGAGCCAGAGCGUCAUCGAGUACGGCUUUCCUCUGUCCGUCAUUAUCGAACAAGUCAUUUACCAGUUGGUGGAAAGAGGAAAGUUCGAUGUUUUGAAGGAAUACCUCGCUUGCAGUUGUGCACGACACCAAAACAUUAUGAGCAAUCUGAAGAAACUGGUUGAGGGCAGAAAUCUCACAGCAUUUAGAAAUGCAGCCAACAGUCCAGAGGUGAUAAAUGACGCGAGCUUGAAGAAGUUCUUUGACUUCCUCUGUCGGCCAGAGGAUCCUGAUCCAAUGGACACUGACUGAGUGUUCACAGCGACCUGCUGAUGAAAGAUACUGAGAGCAGUUUCAUCAGUGAGCAACACCGAGUGUCGUGCCUGUUUUCAUAUGAGAGGAUGCUGUUGUUGGGAUUGUUAUAAAGAAAUAGAGUAAUGCUUUCUCACAAUUAUAUUACUAAAUGCUCUAAAAAAAUAUUUCAGCCAGUAUUAGAGAGAGAAUAUCACUGUAUGGGUUCAGAGUUCAGAUCUGUUUUGUGUGUUUGUCCAUGAGAGAGCAAUAAGUGUUUUUAUUUUAAAACUCAAAAUGAUAUCAGGUUCAGAAAUGCAGCAUCAGUCUUGCUCUUUUAUUUUUUUACCCUCCUAUCUUCUGCUUUAGGCUGUUUUUAAGAAAGUCACCUGUGAGAUAAUGAUUUCCUAUUUUUGUGCUGUAUUACACAAAAACAAUCGUACAAUUUUCUGUCAUCCGUCAUGAUUUUUUAUCUUUUACAUUUACAAACAAUUGUUCAAUACUGGAUGAAGCAAUAUUCUGUCAUACUGUCACUGUGUUGAUACAUAUACAUACAUACAUACAUAUAUCUGUCUUGAUAAUGUCUCAAAAUAAUAUCACUUGUAUUCAUUUUAGAAAAAAUAGGCAGUUUUGUAAAAAUGAAUGAUUCAUUCAUAUUCAAUAAAGAAGUUUCUUUCAUAUUUUGAUUGUGUUUUGAAUGUAUUAUUUGCUCCUAUCAACAUAAAUGUAAGAAUAAGAGGUCAAAAUUCAAAGUCAAGUUCUUUUAAUUAACUUUCUCUGCACUGUGGAAUGAAAUACACCUGAGUCACUCCUGUGACACUCCCAGCACUUCAACCAGGAUGGUGUCAGAACAGGGCGGAGCAUCGAGAGACUCUUCUUGAUCAUGAACUGUUCAAAUUUGUCUUUUGCUCACAAGUUUAUUUUGAUCAUAGUUUAUUAUAUUUCUGACUAUUUCCUGUAUUUUACUACAAACUUCUGUAAUGAGAUGUGUGAUGAGAUGAUAGUAGGUGGAUAGCAGCAGCAGCAGCUUGUGGUGAAGAAGGAAACUUUUACUAACUGAAUGUUUUGUAUAGUUGCACUACAUGUACAACCUCUCACGUUAUUCUUCACACUCCUCACUAUCACAUUUAAAUCCUUUUGAUUUUUGAUGAUGUAGCCUGAUAACAGUGCUGAUUGUUUCCUGCAGGUCAUCAAAAGUUGCCUGGUUUAAUUUCAAAGAAGAACAACCUCCUCCCAGACCUCAGUGAACCUGCAGAAGCCUCACAGUCAAUAAUAAACUCUGUAAAAUCCAGAGUUACUGCAGGAAACAGAGCAGAGGAGGCUGACGUGUCGCAGCGAGGCUGCAGGCGGCUGAGUGACUCCACCUGACUGAAGGUAUGUCCGACAUACACACCGACUGUACCUGUGUGUGUCUGUAUAUGUGUGUGUGUGAGAGAGCCUGCAUCAUCCAUUAGCUAAUCGAUACAUCAUGUACAUGUACUCUGUCAGCUGUCAGAGCUCCAUGUGAGCUUCAGACUGAGAGUCAGGGCUCCAACACCUCAUAUCACAUUAUGGCUCUUUAGGGCCUCCGUAGACACUAAUAAGGUCAAAUAAUCAGAGAUGUGUUUUGGCAAAAUUGGGAUCAGACUGGAUAGUUUGCUUAUUACAAGGAGAAAUAAAAUGUGUGUGUGUGUGUGUGUGUGUGUGUGUGUGUGUGUGUGUGUGUGUGUGUGUGU